AUGUACUCUUCGACCCAGGCUCCAGAAUCACCGCCUUUGGCCGUGACUUCGAUGGCUGCAUGGGCUGCCGGUCCCCGCUUGCCGAUGCCAUCAACUGUGUCGCACGACCAGCGGACGCCAACUUCUGACUGCAGAACACCACGCAGCGCUUGCGUUUCGGGCUCGGGCCUCUUGUCGACCCCCGCGACGUCGCCGCACUCCUUCCAUGACUUCAGUACAACACCCGACCUCGAGAAGGGCCUUUAUUCGCCAUCCUACUUUCAUGCUCAAGGUCGAGGCGGCUCCCCGCUGUACCACCAUUCCACGCCCUCCUCGUCGGAAGAAGAUCUCUCAAGUGGCUCGGCCAAAAUUCCGCUGCUCGUCCACCUCAGCGGGCUACGCGGGUUGGCAUCGGGCUCACCAAAAAUGUCUUCGACUCGGUCACUACGAUUGACCCAAUACGUGCGAUCAAGGAUAGGUCGAUGCGCUCGAUUGAUGGUCGUCGCCUUUGCAAUUUCCCUCAUGAUCUUCACCUUUCAGUCGCGGGUCCGUCAUUUGGUCGCGCCGGAGACGUGGCAGUUCGGCGACAGCCUCCUCAGCGACCUUCACUUUGAUUACAAUCAAUCGCCGGCGGCACUCAACGAAUCUCGAGAAUCGGCCGCAGAGUUCCUGUCAAUCCCACGCAUCAACGACGGCGUGGUCCCCUUCUCGCCCAAUCUUUACGACCCGCUCCUCCCGCCGCGUCCAUAUCAGAAGGCGGUCGCCCAGAAGGCCUUCUCUUCCGUCUGCGCCGACAUCUGGGUCUCGACGGGUGAGCUGUGCCAAUCGGCCGAAGACCAAUGGGCAGACCAACCCCUGCAGAUGGACGCUCUGUGGACUUGGGUCAAUGGCUCGAACGAGGACCCCUCGGCAGCUUGGCGGGCAAAGGUUUCGGACGAGAUAGGCUUCGGGACCGGGACAAAAGUCGUGCCGGCGAAGCCGAUCCUCGAUGCUCCCGCACCACCCGAUCCCAUGAGUCAAUCUAUGGCGGGAGCCCCAGAUCGAGCGAGGGGAUCGAGGCUCCCCGCGGAGCAGCAGGGAGCCCCUGAACGCGAACGCGUUUCGCGCGCCAAACGCGCAUUCGGCGCUACUGUGGUCCGACACUUUCGGUGAGCUCUAUGGCGCGUGACCUCGAGCUAAGCUUGCUAAUCACUGAUCGCAUGAUCCUGGGUGUCGUGUUCAACAGAGAGCAUGAUGAGCUUCGGCACUCGAUUCGCUCCGUGGUCGCGUCUUUCGGAGCCUCGACGCUCAAGCACCUGCACCUCGUGGUCAACGACGAACCGUCUCUGACUCCAGAUGGUGAGAAGAUCCUCAUCGGGGACUAUCCCAACUCGACCAUCCUCUCGCAAGUGCCUCAGUGGGUCAAUCUCGAACGCGUUCAACUCUCCGGUGUCGAGCCGUCCCCCAACGCGACCUUUUUCGACGGCCGCAACGACCGGCCGGUCCUCAAGCUACACCCACAUACCUCGUUGUUCAAAAAAAUGAUUGCCCCAUCAUCGCUCGAGAACCCUGCGAAAGAUUUUCGCGCUCGACAAGCCGCAGCUUUGAAGUGGAGGGAGUCCGUCACCCCUAAUUUCAACUCGUUGGCGGUUGAAUCUCAGCUCGCGAACGUGCCGGAAGACACGAGCGAUACGCUCCUUGCCCUCUGCGACGAUUUCUUCACCAUGCGCGUGAGUGUCGCAUCCCUCGUAUGGUAUAGUUCUUCCAGCUUGACACCAGCUGAUUUCAUCUUUUCGUCGCUCCGCCUGAUAGCCCAUGACCCUUUCCGAUAUCGAGUCGCCGUUGACCGGCCCCGUCAUUCGACUGCAACGUGACCUCAUCGUCGAGUCGAGCCCGCCUGACCAUCUAAAAGGAGACGCGGAGGGGGAGUGGCGAGGAUUGGGCUUCACGAACUGGCUCUUGGGUAAGCGGUGGAAUCGCGAGUGUAUGUUCCAGCCUGUAGGCUAACCUAGGCUAACCUUUCUCCUCCACAGACCAGCGCUUUGGAGCCCGGCCUCGACCGUAUCUGCUGCACGUCGCCAAAGCAAUUUCGGUCCCGAUGCUGCGUGAGGUCCAGUCGGUGUUCAUGGAGGAGAUGACUGCCACGGCGGGUGCUCGCUUCCGCGGAAAAGCUCCCUACGAAAUGCAAUUGUGGUUCUUGCUGCACCACUACACCAUCGAGAAGCAUCGCGAAGCUCUGUAAGCCUCAUUUUGACCUCUGAUGGCCGGAGAUUAUCUGACCAGAGCGAGCUUGGAUCUAACGCUGCGCUCAAUGCCUUUCGGUAGGCUGUGGUCUUUCUUUGUCGCUCGAUCCGACUCGGACCAAGAUGAUCGAUACUCGCUUGCUGAACGCCUCGCCCUCAUGUCGGAGCUCGACAUUGAGCCCGCCGCGGCCGUUGCCGCCGUCGCAUCAUCGAAUGCACUCCUGCCCUAUACGGUCGCGACGCCGUUUCGCCAUACACUCGCGGUCCAGAUGCAGCCCGAGCACGAUUACACAGGCCUACCGCGCGCCCUCGAAUCGCGCUACAGCUUUUCUUCCAAGGAUGGCUACGCCUUCUUCAAGCCGGCGCCAAAGUCAAUUCUCCCCACCAUGGCCCAGGAUUGGCCCCGCUUCGAUCAACGACAUUCCGCCCAACUCGACGAGGACUUGGGUGUGCCCCCUCGGUCGAGCCCCUGCACAAUUGACGACUUGUCGGUCUGCUUCCCCAAGAACUUCCUCGACGCGGAGAGCAACUCGACGAUGAGUGUCGACGAGACGUUCCGCCGACUGGCGUUUGAGCAGCCCAAGUGCGGCGAUUGCUUCAUCGUCCAAUUACUCGCCAAGAGUGGAGAACUGGGUUUGACCAAGUUCUUGCCUGACGCUGUGAAGCAAGACGAGGAGGACGCCGAAAUACCUGUAGAGGUCAUUGGUGGCACCGACAAAAAGUGGCAUGACGUCACCUCCUUCCGGGGUGACCUCAAGGGCUUUACGCAGCGACAAAGGGUGAGUUCGCAGAUUUGACCUCGUCACCGACGGUUGGAAUUGUUAAACCAGUACUGACAAGCCAUUUCUGCGAUUAACAGGCCGUAUCUUUGAUCCAACGAUACUCUUACACCAUGGCGGAUACCUCGACGCGCUUCCAUUCGAUGCGUUCGCCCUUGCCGCUGAUGCGCGACCUCGCCGCUCUCUCUCGAAUCCGCCCCGCGCUCAUCGCCUUGAAUGACGACGUGACUGGCGAUCCCUCCAUGAUCGACGUCAUUCUCGGAACUUGGUUCAAGAAGGAGUUCCCCGUCCCCACGAUCUGGGAGAUGGAGGAAGAGCAGGAACCCUCCGACCAAGUCACGAAUCUCGACUCGUGA